AUGAUAGUUUCCGCUGUUGCUCUGGCUACCUUAUGUUAUGUUGCGCAUACUUACGACCCACUUUGCAUGCGGAUAGGUCACAUAUGUGGUCAUAACAUGGUCUACAGAACUGUUGACCAAGUAAACUACACUGAAGACCCAUCACGCGGAGUGAUAUGCAUUCAGGAAUGCACAUGCAUUAGUGAACAGUAUGAAAGAAAAGAUGGACAGUGCAUUGAAAAAAACAAUAUUACGGAACAAAACGAAGCUGAGGUGGAACAGGAGUAUAUGGACUUAGACAAUGGAAAAGGAAUGGUUUAUUACUGUCAACCGGACAUUGGACCGCGCAUCUUUGAAGCAUUUACUCUUCUAACCAGUGAAGCCAGCUUAACCAUGUUUAACUGCGCAGGAAGAGUGUGCACACUUGAUGAAGAAAUAUUCAAUGCCCCAUGUUCAUUGACUGGUAAAAUUUGUGGAACCAAUAUGGUUUUUAAUAAUAUCGGUAAAUUGCUUAAAAAGAAUGGCACUGAAGUUUGCGCCCAAAAGUGUACUUGUAUGAGUGAAGAAUAUGUCAAAGCAAAUGGUCAAUGCAUCCUUUCUACGAAAGGAAAUGAAACUGCGUCACCAGCUUUUAUCCAACGAUCUGCAGAAGGAAAUGAGUCAGUGAUACCAAUUUCAACCCAACAAUCUACAGAAGGAAAUGAGUCACUGACACCAACUUCAACCCAACAAUCUGCAGAAGGAAAUGAGUCAGUGACACCAACUUCAACCCAAAAAUCUGCAGAAGGAAAUGAGUCAGUGACACCAACUUCAACCCAAAAAUCUGCAGAAAGAAAUGAGUCAAUGACACCAAUUUCAACUCAACGAUCUGUCACCGAAUCACAACUUCAAUCAACCAUACGAAAGCUUUCUAAGACUCUCUCAAAUUGCAUUGGACGAACUUGCGAGCAAAUUCGCGACCCAUUUUGCAUGCUAACAGAUCUGAAGUGUGGCGAUAAUAUGGUCUAUAAAACUAUUAAACAAUUGAUUUACAACGAUGGCUCUCCUGAAAUAUGCAUUCAGCAAUGCAAAUGUAUCAGCAAAGAAUAUAUGGAAAAAGGUGGACGAUGUAUUAUGCAAGGAAGAUCAUACCACUUGAAAAAGCGAUCUGUUUUUGGUAAUUCAUGUUUGAAGGAUAUUUUAUGUUCAAUCUGA